ACGAUGUCUUCAGAGCCAGCGUCAGACGCCAGCAGCAGGAGAGGCCUCAAGAAGCCGUGUUCGUUCAGCAUCGAGGACAUCCUCUCCAGCCCAGUAGAGAAAAGCCCCCAGGUCCUGGUCCCACUGUGCCUGCAGGGCAUUUUGGACUGCACACCCAAGGGGCUGUACGCCCGGUUCCCCUGGCCCAUGCAGCUCUUCCAGUCGGCGGUCAGGGUCUGCAAGGGUCCCCAGGGGAGCCCGAGCGAGCUGCAGACUUUCCACCAGAUCCAGCGGCGGACGCGCCGGCAUCGCACCAUAUUCACUGAGGAUCAGCUGCAGGCCCUGGAGACGCUUUUCCACCAGAACCAGUACCCGGACGUCAUCACCCGCGAGCACCUGGCAAACCGCAUCCACCUGAAGGAGGAGAGGGUGGAGGUUUGGUUCAAAAACCGGCGGGCCAAGUGGCGGCAUCAGAAGAGGGCGUCUGCUUCAGCACUGAUCCUUCAAGGCACCAAGAAGCCCUCUGAGGAGAGCUGUUAG